AUGCCCGUCUUCCGCCUUCAAUUACAGAACCCAACGAACUGGGCCCUGUGGGUUGCAGAACUCAAGUUAGACCUUAGCGUCAAAGGCCCAGAAUACUGGCAAAUCCUCAGCAGCAAGCUCAAGAAACCAAGCGACAAAAAGUCUGAGCCAUACAAAGAAUGGAAAAGAAAGAACACCUACUUGAUGGAAACAAUGGGUUCCAGGAUAGAUCGGGACCUUCUGUACCACCUCAAGCAAACCAACAAUGCCGCUGACGCCUUCGCACAUUUGCGGAUACUCUGCGUCGAUUCCACACCACAUACUGAAGACAUGGAUAGCCACAUCUCCUCGGUCUUUUACCAGGCUUGGGUCAAACUUGAAUACUGCAUUGGGCAGCCACCGCAGGACUUCGUGUACGCGUGGAAUCUCCUUUCAAAGGAGGUGGAAGGGAAGCUCGCGAUCGGCGGUCAGGCGCAAUUUGAGCAGUUCAUUGUAGCUGUCUCGGCUCAUCCUUCUUCGGCCCAUUGGCUUAGCUACUUGCGUGAUGGUCCUUCUUGUAUCUUGGAAGUAACGGAUAGUUUCCUCUGUGAUUUUGUCGAGUUUGAACGAAAGAGGCUCUCUCGCCAAGGGCAGCUUCUCCGUGGCAAGAAUAGGAAAGGGAAGAAGGGUGAUGACAAGGUGUGA